AUGGAUCUGUCUGCUUACUCUGAGCGCCUCCGUGGCGGCGCCCCGGCCAAGUUCCCGGCCGACGCCAACUCGCUUGAAUUCGCCCAGAAGCUCGACUCACAAGACGCCCUUAGCCAUCUUCGCCAUGAAUUCAUCCUGCCAACCAAGACCUCCAUCAAAAAGACUGCCCUCGACGGCACCCUGCCCUCGACCGCCAAGACAAAUGGUACUGCUGCUACCAAUGGCACCUCUAGCGAAGAUCCCGACGUCGGCAUCUACUUUGUCGGCAACUCGCUCGGCGCGCAGCCCAAGGCGGUGCGCAAGUUCAUUGACGCGCAGCUCGAAACCUGGGCGUCCAUCGGCGUCAAUGGCCACUUCAAGACGCUGGGCAACUCACCCCUGACGCAGUGGCAGGACAUGGCCGAGGACUGCGCCAAGCGGUCGGCCGAUCUGGUCGGCGCCUCCCCGAGCGAGAUUGUCAUCAUGAACACCCUCACCAUCAACCUGCACAUGAUGAUGGCCAGCUUCUACAAGCCCGACGCCAAGCGCCACAAGAUCAUCCUCGAGUGGCGCCCCUUCCCCAGCGACUACUACGCCAUCGAGAGCCAGAUCACCUGGCACGGCCUCGACCCGGAGAAGAGCAUGGUCAAGAUCGAGCCCGACGAGAGCUCCUACAUGCCCACCGAGAAGAUCCUGGCGACCAUUGACGCCCACGCCGAGGAGACGGCGCUGCUGCUGCUCCCCGGCAUCCAGUACUACUCGGGCCAGCUGCUCGACAUGCCCCGGAUCACCGCCUACGCCCGCGAGCGCGGCAUCGUCGUCGGCUGGGAUCUCGCCCACGCCGCCGGCAACGUCGAGCUCAAGCUGCACGACUGGGACGUCGACUUUGCCUGCUGGUGCACCUACAAGUACAUCAACGCCGGCCCCGGCGCCAUCGGCGGCGCCUUCGUGCACGAGCGCCACGGCGCCGUCGAGUGGAACGACGGCGCCGACGGGCGGCCCGCGUACCGCCCGCGCCUGACGGGCUGGUACGGCGGCGACAAGUCGGUGCGCUUCAACAUGGACAACAAGUUUGUGCCCACGCCCGGCGCCGGCGGCUACCAGGCCUCGAACCCCUCGGCGCUCGAGCUCGCCAACCUCGCCGGCGCCCUCUCCGUCUUCAACAAGACGACCAUGCGCGACCUGCGCUCCAAGGCGCUCGUCCUCACCGCCUACGCCGAGACGCUGCUUGACGGCAUCCUCGCCGACGCCGGCGACGACACCCUCUUCCGCAUCCUGACCCCCCGCGACCCGCUCCAGCGCGGCACCCAGCUCAGCGUCAUGCUGCGCGAGGGGCUGCUCGACGGCGUCAACGACGCGCUCGAGCUCAACGGCGUGCUCUGCGACAAGCGCAAGCCUGGCGUGAUUCGCGUCGCGCCCGUGCCGCUGUACUCGCGCUUUGAGGAUGUUUGGAGAUUUAUGCAGAUUCUGCGCGGCGCCCUCAAGGUAUAG